AUGUCUCUUCAUGCAGGCCGUAGGCACCGAACAAUACUCGCCCCUGUUCUCCUCAACCCCUACGAAGAGGGGGAGGAGAAGGUGAAAAAAAGUGCCGGGAACAAUAAUAGUCGUAGUAUCAACACCAUCCCCUCUUUGAAGCCGCCCGGGCAGGCGCUGCGUCACAGUGAGGCGGCAGAUGAACGAUUGUCACUGAAUUUAUCGCAGCCAAUGCCGCCGCCACUGCCACCGCCACCGGUGGUUCUCGUAUCACCCGGCACCCAAGUUUCUGAGGAUACUGGGAAAAGUGAUGAAGUUUUGCGCCCGGGUCGCAAGGCCGCCGCCUUUCCGCCACCGCCGCAGCAUAUGCCAGCAGGUGCACUGAGGGAUAAAAGAGUACCGUCGCCGGUCCGUGUGCCACGUACACGUGGACCGAAACCCUCCAAAGCGGCUCAGGGAGAUAAUGCAGAUGGCGUAGCGAUUCCAACCGCUGCUGGGCCAGAGGCAGCACUGACGUCAUCAACACGAAAUGCUGUGUCUCGUGAAACACGGCGGCCCGGUUUGGCGCCGACUGUUCAGCACGCUUGUCAUGCAUCUUUUUCCUCACACGACGUGGAGAUUCAGAACGUGGGUACGACAGAUGACAUUGGGGCAGGCAAUUCGAGGAGUCACGAGGCUGAGGUGGGAGAGAAAAAACCAUCACAGCCAUCACAGCCACCACUGAAAGAUUCUCAUUUUUAUAAUCCAUUUGUCGUUCAGAGCGCAUUCACCCAAAAGAACCCGUUCCGCAAUCAGACCUUUGAGGCAUUCUGCUACGCUCCCGAUUACAGCGCCCCGGCUGACUGCCGCACUUACCAUUGCGACAGCAACGAAUGGGUGGGCUUUCAACGCACUUCGGAUGGGGAUUUUCGCGAACAACGUGCUACAGAAAUGAAUUCCCAAAGCCAAAUGGGUCCUUCCACCUCUUCUCUCUCUAAGUACAUUCUUAUUGGUCCUGCCUUGGGGACCUUGCAGUCGGGUGACUGGUUUUACAAGUGGACCCGACAUGGCCGUGUGCAUGAGCGGUAUGUCUGGCUUGAUAUACAACGUCAUUCACUUCUUUGGGGACCAAGUCCUCGAUCGUCAUUUGUUCUUCUCUCGCAUCUAAGGCUGGAUGCCGUAAUGGACUUGCGCCCAGACUGCAUGUUUGAUGAGGCAACGCAGCGCACUUUUUAUCGUUUCUUUUUGGUCAGAGAAGAACAGACAGUUAUACUUGCUACGGAGCUGCGUGACAAGUUUGAUUUGUGGUUUGACGCCCUGAGAAAAAUAAUAUUUGCCAACGAAUUACCACGGCAGCAGGACCAAUCAGCGGGGUUUUCCGAUGGGACAGCAGCGGGAACAAUGGGAGAUAAGAGGGCUUCUCACCGAAACGCGUUAAAUGCAGUCUUGCCUGGCCAUGGAUCCAAAAUGCACGCCGCACAAAAUAUGUUUACUGACCGACGCACCCAGGUCUUGCCAAGUGAUUAG